UGCACCCGAAACCCACCCAGGCCCAGCACACGAGACCCACGCACCCAUUCGCACUGCCGCCUCCGCGCGCUCACACUCGCCAGGCACGCGCGCCGCGCCUCCUCGCCGUUUCCGCGUUUCCUUCCUCAACGGCGACCCCGAUGCCACGGCCGGAUGCCACAAUCGGCAACCCGGAGCACGCGCCGUCGUAUAUAAGGAUGCCUCGUUUCCCUAGCCCUAGCCCGCGCCUCCUCCGAACCUCACCCGCCGCCGGUCCCCGAAACCCUAACCCACUCCGGCGAGUAGAUCCGGCACGUCCUGCUCUCUCCGCCACCAGCCGCCAGAGAUGGCCGCCCGCAAUCCAUCUGCGUCCGCCGCACACCCGCUCCACCAGGAUUCCGUUGCCGCCCCCAACUCGCCCCUGCUCGCCGCCGACCCGCUCCACCAGGCUGCCGUGGCCAACCCCAACUCUCCCGUGCUCGCCGCCAACCCGGUCCACCAGGCCAGCGCGGCGGCGUCGGCGGGGAUGUAUGGCGCUCCUGGGGCCCUCCCAACCGAGCAAGGGUCUUUGACGGUGCUGCCGCCCCCGCCGCCGCCACAAGGCGCGCCUGUGAUGAAGACGGUCCAGGGCGUGAACAUGAUGGCUUCGACGCCCCUGCAAGGACCCCCGGUGAUGCAAGGGGCAAACACGGUGGUGCCGAUGCCCCUGCGGGAGCUGGUCAUGACCCUGCCCCUACAAGGCAGACCUGUGAUGGCACCUCUGCCUUUCCCCAGGGGUCCUCCAUCCAUGAAGGCACCUCCGUCCUUCUAUGAUGUCGCUUCACCAAUGACGGUGCAGCAGCCUCCACAUGCCGGAUACAUGAUGAGCCAGCCGCUGUUGCGUGCCAGCCCUCCACCGAUGGCGGCGCUGCAUCUCCCACAGGCCGUACAGAUGGUGGCACAGCCGCCUUUGCCAGCUGGCCCCCUCCUCUCAAGCGUCACCGUCCUGACUACUUUGACAUGCCUUUUGGACCGCGGAUGACUGGUUUUGAGCUGGAAAUAGCUGGAUUUGAUGAAUCAAUGGGACUGCCUUAUGGGUCUUACAUAAACAAUGAGAUGCCUUCUGUUGGUUCUUAUUAGCCACAUCUUCCUUCAGACGCAUCAAACACCCUACAUGUUGAAGGUUUCCCACCCAACUGUACUAGACGGGAACUUGCACAUAUAUUUCGCCCUUUUACUGGGUUCUGUGCAGUAAGGCUGGUUAAGACUGGAUAUAAUAGUCGACAUGGAAUAGCUUAUGCUGACUUUGAAACAACUGCCCAAGCCUUCUCUGCCAUGAAGUCUCUGCAAGGUUAUUUGUUUGACAUGCAUGACCGAUACUCAGUCAAAUUGGACCUCCAGUUCCUUCCUGGUCCGUCCAAGAUCUGCUGCCUUUUGUAGUUCUGUAUGCUAAUGGGAAACCAUAAGAUGAAGGCCCUUGUGUUUCACUGAGGCAUCAAGGUCAAGAUCAUAUUUCUGUGAAAUGCGUUGAAAGGAUUCUGACGAUAUUGUCGUUGGUGAUGUUAAGAGUCGCUGAAGAACUUAUUGUGUUAGACAUUGCUAUUCAUCCAAGACAUAAAAAGCAAAUGAGACCACAUCAGUUGGCAGGUUUCCACUUUCUGGUUGUUUCAUGAGUAUUGUUCUUUGCUAUGCUGGAUACGGUCAUAGGUGUUAUUGUGGUGAUCUGUUUCCUGCUAGUACAUUGUUGUUUGCAAGCUUGUAUGUUUGUAGAUAUUGAAGCAACUUUGCUCUUUGAAAUGCUAGUGUGAAUAUAGUUUGCCCAGUUGAAGUAUUUCCACUGCCCUUUACACUCACGUCACCUUUGUGUUUUUCUUUUCUUUAGAGACUCCUUUUCUGGGUAUUCUGUGCAUGAUUAGAAGCAAAGAACAGUAUUUGAAUUUGGACUGAAUUUACUGUAGGUGAUAUUUCUAGUGUAUCUCUAGUAGCUACUAGCUUUAUGCAUAAAGUUUCAUUACUACUUGAAUUGGAUUAUACCAGGUGAAAUACAGAGCUCAAUGCCAAAAAUAAGGAUGCCUAGUAAACCUAGGAGAAAGAAUUGAUGAAUAAGGUGCCUAUUUUUUCAUCAAUUACUAUGCUUGUGUUGAACAAUUAGUGGGUUGACUACUACAUAAUGGCCGCUGCAUUUUAUGAUCAUUAUAGUUCUCCACAUGUAACUGUCUGUGCUUCUACUUAUGAUUGCCUUGUAUGCAUCCCACAUUUUUCUUGUCCACCUUGCAUGGGGCUUAUAUGCAACAUCAGCAGAAGUGCUACUUCAAUCGAGCAAAGAGCACACAAUUCUAUCGAGCAAAGAGAAUAGAAAAAGAGUGACAUAAUAGUUCUUGAUUCGGAUGAUGAUGAUGAAAGCACAGGAGCACACAAACAACUGACGCCUGAGAAAAAUAAACAGCUGAUACCAUCAGAACAGGCUGGUGCUCUCAUGAGAGUGGUAAUCGAAGGAACUGAUGAAGUAAAUGAGACAAUGCAUGAUAGAGACCAAAACAGUGAAAUUGUUCCAUAUAGUCCAAGUGCAACUUUAAUGAAUCAGUAUCCUUCGGCCAGCUAUCAACCAUCAGCAUUUCUGUUUGAGAGAGUUAUAUUGCAGAAAAGACCUGAGGAAUGUAUCCAUGAUCUGGCUGUUGCUACCCAUAAUGAGAAAAUAGCAGAAACACAAGUUUCCCCUCCACUUCCUAAGGAGAGAAAAAAAACGAAAAGUUGAUCCAAGCUCCCAAGUAGAUGGGGAUGUUGAAAUUGUGCCAAGAAAAGAAAAAGAAAAAAUGAAGCAAAUCCAGCAGUAUUUGAUUUGCCCUCAGAACCUUACAAUCCUCUGGGGUAAGACGAGCCUAUGGAGGAAGAUGUGCCUAUGGGGGAAGAUGAGCCUAUGGAGGAAGAACAUAUACAAGAAAAGGAAAGUGAUGGUCCUGAAGAUUUUUGCAAUGAGUACUCAGUGGCAAUUGAAAGCUCUAAGCUCGACACACUUGAAGAGGCAGCCAAUGAGAAAGAGGUGAACAACGUCUGCAAUCAUGAAAUGCAGAUUCAUGAAGAUCUGGGCCAUGUAUGCCGUGUCUGCGGUAUGAUUGUGAGAGAAGGGCUGACACAAUCAUUGAUUAUCAGUGGAGAAAGGCAUCAAGGUCAAGAUCAUAUUUCUCUGAAAAGCGUUCAAAGGAUUCUGAUGAGAUUGUCACUGCUGAUACUAGCUGAAUAUUUUUAUGGCUGUCAAACAUUCCAUGUUAAAGGGCGAAAUUUUCCUGUUGAAAUUAAAUAUAUCCCAGAUGUAUCAGUGGAUGCUUCCUUCAACAUUGUACCAAACUCUCGGAAUGAUGCUUGCGCUACUGCUUCUUAUGUCAAUGAUGUUGUAAGGGUGGUAAGGGUGAUUCACAAGAAUGAAGAAGAGGGUGCCAUACUUGCUUUUUUGACAUCUCUACUGGAAGUUGAGUGGGCCUGUGAAAACUUCAGCGAUGCAAGUGCUGUGGUACUUCCUAUGCAUGGAAAGCUUUCCCAUGUAGAACAGAGUCGUGUUUUCAACAGAUAUCCCGGUAAGAGAAAAGUUAUCUUCUGCACGAAUAUGGCUGAAACGUCACUGACCAUCAAAGAAGUGAAGUAUGUUGUUGAUCCUGGACUGGCCAAGGAGAGCAGAUUUGUGCCUAGUAGUGGUCUCAAUGUGCUGAAAGUAAAUUGGAUUUCCCAAAGUUCCGCUAAUCAACGUGCUGGCUGGGCCGGUCGAACAGGAGCAGGGAAGUGUUACAGGCUUUACUCUGAAUCUCACUUCAGAAUGAUGGAAGUACAUCAAGAACCUGAAAUCCGGAAAGUUCAUCUUGGCACUGCUGUUCUGAGACUACUUGCUUUGGGUGUUAGGGAUGCACAGAAUUUUGAGUUUGUUGAUGCCCCAAAUCCAGAAGCAAUCAAUAUGGCUUUGAAGAACCUUGAACAAUUGGGUGCUGUCAAAUGUAAAUGUAAUUUGUUUGAGCUGACUGAUACUGGACGCUACCUGGUUAAAUUGGGAAUUGAGCCAAGGCUUGGCAAAAUUAUGCUUGAUUGCUUUGAUUCUGGUUUGAGGAAGGAAGGUGUAAUUCUAGCUGCUGUUAUGGCAAAUUCUAGCAGCAUAUUUUGUAGAGUGGGCACUAAUGAGGAGAAAUAUAAAGCUGACCUUCAGAAGGUCCGAUUGUGUCACCAAGAUGGAGAUCUCUUCACUUUACUCGCUGUUUAUAAAAAAUGGGAGGAUGGGAAUGGAAACAGGAAUAUGUGGUGCUGGCAGAACAGCAUCAACGCCAAGACCAUGAGGAAGUGCCAGGAAACUAUAUCAGAGCUUGAAAAUUGUCUAAAGCAUGAACUCAACAUUAUUGUCCCAAGUUAUUGGUGUUGGAAUCCUGAGGUUCUCUCUAUGCAUGAUAAGUUGCUAAAGAGAAUUAUUCUAUCAUCUCUUACAGGCAAUCUUGCUAUGUUUUUAGGACAUGAAAAGUUUGGUUACCAGGUGAUUUCGACAGAUCAGGCUGUGAACCUUCAUCCCUCAUGCUCAUUGCUCAAUUAUGGCAGCAAGCCAGAGUGGGUGGUGUUUACAGAAAUCUUAUCAAUCCCAAAUCAGUAUUUGAAUCACGUCGUAGAAGUGUUCAACAUCUUGAACCUUGUACGCCCAGAGUUUCUCAAGAUAGUAGCAUCUCAUCCUAUACUUUCCCAGAAUCACGUUGCAGAAGUGUUCAACAUCUUGAAUCUUGUACGCCCAAAGUUUCUCAAGAUAGUAGCAUCUCAUCCUAUCGUUGAUAAGUAUCAAUAUCAGGUCACAGGAUUUCAAAAGGGGUCUCUGAUAAAUUCACCGAAAAUAUUAGAAGUUGAUGCUGGAGAUAGGGCUUCCAGCUUGACAGGUGUAACUGUUGAUAGUCUGGUCCGGUCUAUCAACGUGGCCGACGGUGAAGGCCAGAUUUUUCACCAAUAUCCUGGCACUUGCGGAAUCUGCGAGAGAGAAGCCAGUAGAAGAAAGUGUUGGCUCAUAGCAGCUGAUUCUCUGGAGGAGAACACCUAUGAAACUGCAUUGAAGAAGGAGGUGAUACCAAAGCUGUGGUUUGAAUGGAGCGAGCAGCACUGCAAGUCGGAGGACUUCCAGCUGAACGAAGUCGAUAUCGACGACUAUGGGGAUGAGCUGCUGGACAACAGGAGGAUGUGCCCGGGCAUCAAGGCUUUGUAUGCAAGUUGAAGGCAGGCUGGAUAUUGUACAUGUACCAUGUAUAUAUGGCUUUCCGAUCGUUCCAGGUUGUCAUUGUUGUCAAGUAAGGCUCCUCUAGAACCAAAAGAAAGACUUGACUUGGUACCUCUUUGCAGAUACCUUUUAUUGGUUCUUAGGGGCCUUCUCUUCCUCCAGAUGCAUCAAACACUCUACAUGUUAAAAGUCUACAUCCUUGCACGUAUCCUUUUAUGCAUAUGAUUCUCUUGCUAUUAUUGUUUUGAGUUUAUUUGUCAUUUUGUUCAUAACUGAACUAUAUUUUAUGUUUAUUUAUAUGUUCUUACCAAUCUAUGUCUUAAUCUUUUCUUUUCUGUUUUUGUUUUCACCAUUUAGUGCUUCAGCUCCUUGACUCUUGCUUCUCUACAUAUAUUUUGCCCUUUUACUGGGUUCUGUGAAGUAAGGCUGGUCAAAGAGGAUAUAAUAGUAGACACGUAAUAGCUUAUGUUGUCGUAGAAACUCCUGCCCCAGCGUUUUUCUGCUAUGAAGUCUCUGCAAAGUGAAUAUAACAUUUUUGUCAGCCUAAGUUGUGUCUCUUACAUUCUAGUAUCCUACUUAAUACUAAUGUCACUAAAUCUUUUGAAGUGUCAUUUGCACAUCCUUUGCAUUAAUAUCAUUGGGUGCCGAAAUUGUGACUCUUAUGUAAUUUCUUAUGGUAGUUGUCAAUCCUUGUUGAUUGUUUC